AUAUGGCAACGCCUUCUAAAGAACCUACAACGCUACUCGGCUUUGUCUACGAGCCAUUGCAAUCCCUGUCUUCAAUCCGAGUGUUGGACUUGCUUCCAUCCCUCAACCAGGCCAGCACAAUCAAAUGCAGCGUUCGUCAGGUUGUUCUCGGAAACGCAAACGCUCGAUAUGACGCUCUGUCAUACGUCUGGGGCGCGCGCAAGGGCAACCUUCCCAUUCUGUGCAAUGACCAGGAACUCUUUGUCACACCUAAUUGUCGAGAUGCACUCAUCCGCCUCCGACAACGCCUCGGGAUUCGUACGAUAUGGGUCGAUGCUAUCUGUAUUGACCAGAGUGAGACGCCGACCGCCACGACAGAGCGAAAUAGACAGGUACAGAUGAUGGGCGAGAUCUAUCGUCGUGCCCAGCAGGUCGUCGUUUGGCUGGGCCAUGGCGACGGCAACCGAUCUCGACGUAUCUGGCAGUCAUUGAGGCUCCUCGCAACCGCAAGACUCGCCGAAGUUGUAUUAGAUGACCUUCCCCUAAGCCUUCGAAAUGCUUUUCGCCAUAUCACGAAGAGUGUCAGUCGUGUGGUGGAAACCAAGGGACUCAAAUAUCUCGAACGAGACUCCGACCCAAUCUACGACGAUUUCCUCAAGAUCCUGGAAAAUUCAUGGUUCUUUCGGGUCUGGACAACCCAAGAAAUCGCCUUUGCAAGGAGGUGUACCGUUGUGUGUGGUACUUCAAGCAUGGACUGGACAGGCUUUACCGUCGCGAUCAAACGAGCCCAUGCUUUGCAUCACUCAACCACAAACACAAGAAUGAUAUCCUUCAAAGACAACAUGCGGGAUGACGUUCGAAACAGAGACAUAGAAGACGAACAGUCGAGCGAUUAUAGCCGUAUGUAUGACAUACAGCUACUCAAAUCUAUGUGCAAAUUGCAAUGUAGUGUUCCAAGCGACAAGGUCUACGGGCUGUAUUCAAUUUUGGAAGCCCGCGGUACCCCAAUGCCAGAGCCAGACUAUUCGAGGCCAUCAAUCGAAGUUCUCGAAGAGUUUGCGAAGGCAUAUACGCGCAGUCGUGGACAACUAGAUGUGCUUCGCAUUACGCUUCCCGCUACGGAGGCCCGUGGUCUACCGUCCUGGUUGCCUGACUGGUUCGAGGGCAUCGCGGUCAGUGAACUGACCUGUAGCGAUGUAACUGGCACCUGCAUCGUGUGGUUUGAUGACUUCCCCAGCGGUAUUUCGGCGUGCCGUGAGGCCUCAGCGAGCCGUGAGCUGUCACCGGCAUUUGGGAAGCUGAGGGUGAGAGGGAGAUUUGUGGGCAGUCUCACGAGGUGCAUUGCUGCGGUACCAAUCGGCAGUGUUGAUGUCGAUGACUUCCCCCGGUUUGAGGAUUUCUUGCAGACAUGUCAAGAUUGGUGUUCCGCCUUUGCAAGCGUUAAGACCUAUCCUACCGGUGAGGAUCCAUCUCUUGCUGCAAUUCGCACGAUUGGAAGCCAUCGAAGCUACGGUGGUCUGAACCUGAGCCGGGAGGAUCUGACACUGUGGUAUGAAAGAAUGCUGCAGCGUCGCGACGAUCAAAUGGUUCUAGAUCAGGACAGCCCUUCCCGUACCAGAGAUACCGUGAACCUUAGCAACAGCGGAGAUUCAUCCAAUCCUAAGGAACCCGGUCAAAGCUACGAUAAUAGCAGGAUGCAGAAGGUCCAGAGGUUCGUCAACUACAAAGCUAACUAUGCAUCUUUUAUUCUCGACAGCGGCUACUUUGGUACUGCAUACAACACAUGCCAAACAGGUGAUGGCAUCUAUCUAUUAGCAGGUCUCGGAGUACCGUGUGUAUUGCGAGCUGUCGAUGAAGAGUUCCGGUUCGUGGCGCUUGCGUACGUACACGGCGCGAUGAGAGGAGAGCUAUGGCCUGACGAUACAUGCGAGCUUCGUGACAUGGUCCUCAUGUAG